AGUGUUGAAAAAUGAUGCAAAGCUAGUGUGAAACAGCGCGUAUUUAACCAAAAAGUGGUAGUUUAGUUUUCCGUGUAAUUUCUUGUAAAAAAAUAAAAAUUAAAGUUAAUUAAUCGCUGCCCCGUUGUAAGCAGAUCGUUAAGCAUGUCAAUAAUUAACAACGAUGACAAUAUAAUGGCGAUUGAUGAAGAUCCUCAGGUUAUUAUCAACGAAGAUGAACCCUCAACUACUCAAAACAUCGCGAAUGGCCGGUCUAUGGACUCGCUGCGGUCUUCGUUUACCAAUCAAAGCUCAACGCCGGAUUCCUCCCACAAUUCACUUGACACGCUGGACGUGGGACCCGAUGACGUACAGGAGAAAUCUCGGUUAAUUACCCAAGUCUUGGAGUUGCAAAACACAUUGGAUGAUUUGUCACAGCGGGUGGACUCUGUUAAGGAGGAAAAUCUUAAAUUGCGUUCCGAGAAUCAAGUGCUUGGUCAAUAUAUUGAGAAUCUAAUGUCCGCCUCCUCGGUCUUCCAAUCGACCAGUCCAAGUGCAUCGAAAAAGAAGUAGACGACGGACGUGACCCACUCUCGAAAUAUGCCUUGUCAUUUUUACAUUAAUGCUUGUGUUAAUGCUGCAAAUUAAUUGGUGUUUGCUAAUCUGUCGAAUUUGUGCA